AUGGAGUUUUCAAAGUUUGGCAUCCAAAAACCUGUUACUGCUUUUGGGAAUUUUGAUCCUGAUAAACUGGAACUGGAAGAGGUUCAAAAACUCCCAGGAGAUUCUUUGAAAGAUCUCUGUACCACAUCCCCAAAAUCUUGGAUUGAAGAGGCCUUCAGUAAAAGAGAAUGUGCCAACAUCAUACCCAGUUCAAAAGACCCUCACAGAUGUUCUGCAGGAUGCCAGGUAUGCCAGAAUUUAAUCAGGUGUUGCUGUGGACAACUAAUUGGAGAUCACCCAGAGGUAGACUGUAGCUGGCCGAUAUAUCAGGCUGCCCUUCAGAAAAACAAUGAAGAAUGGUCCGUGCAAAAACACACAAAGACGAGUCCAACUGAUGCAUUUGGGACAAUCAAUUUCCAGGAUGGAGAUCAUACUUACCAUGCCAAGUAUAUCAGACUCUCUUAUGACAGUAAUUUGGACCAGCUGUUGCACCUGAUGGUUAAAGAAUGGCAGAUGGAGUUGCCAAAGCUAGUGAUAUCUGUUCAUGGAGGCAUUCAAAACUUCAAGCUUCCCUCAAAGGUCAAACAGGUUUUCAGCAAAGGACUGGUCAAGGCUGCUGAGACUACAGGAGCAUGGAUAAUUACAGAAGGCAUCAACAGCGGAGUGUCUCGGCACGUGGGGGAUGCUCUGAAAGGCCAUGCCUCCCCGUGCCUGCGGAAGAUCUGCGCUGUUGGGAUCCCUCCCUGGGGCAUCAUCGAGAACCAGAGGGACCUCAUCGGAAAAGAUGUAGUUUGCCUGUACCAAACUCUCUGUAAUCCACUCAGCAAGCUGAGUACCCUCAACAGCAUGCAUUCUCAUUUCUUAAUGGCAGAUGAUGGGACAGUAGGCAAGUAUGGAAAUGAAAUGAUGCUCAGGAGGAAUUUGGAGAAGUACAUAUCACUUCAAAAAAUACACACAAGAAUGGGCCAAGGUGUACCCGUAGUUGGGUUGGUGGUGGAAGGAGGCCCCAAUGUGAUCCUAAUGGUGUGGGAGUACGUGAGGGCCAGUCCAGCUGUCCCUGUGGUGGUCUGUGAGGGCACUGGCAGAGCUGCAGAUAUCCUGGCUUUUACCCACAAACACACGGGUGAUACGGGGGAGCUGCGCCCUCAAGUGAAAGAAGAGGUUAUGGUAAUGAUCCAAAACACCUUCAAUUUGGGGCAAAAACAGUCCAGUCACUUAUGUCACAUUUUGAUGGAGUGCAUGGAGCACAGAGAAUCCAUAACCAUAUUUGAUGCAGAGUCUGAGGAACAGCAGGACAUUGAUUUGGCAAUUCUGACUGCACUUCUGAAAGGUACAAAUAUGUCUGCUUCAGAUCAGUUAGCUUUGGCGUUGGCCUGGAACCGACUGGAUAUUGCCAAGAAACAUAUAUUAGUUUAUGGACAACACUGGAAGGUUGGUGCCUUGGAACAAGCAAUGCUGGAUGCUUUAGUGAUGGACCGUGUAGAUUUUGUGAAGCUAUUAAUAGAGCACGGAGUGAAUAUGCACCGUUUUCUUACCAUAUCUCGGUUGGAAGAGCUUUACAAUACGAAACAAGGACCGUCAAAUCUACUGCUGCAUCACCUAGUUCGAGAUGUGAAACAGAGUACCCUUCCGUUGGACUAUAAGAUAUCACUGAUUGAUAUUGGGCUGGUCAUAGAGUAUCUCCUUGGUGGAGCUUAUCGGAGCAGCUACACAAGGAAACAUUUCAGAAUCCUGUACAACGAUCUCUACAGAAAACACAAGAGAGUGCUUUCCAGUUUUUCUCAGAGCCUGUCUCAUCAUUCCCUUCAUCAGAGUAAUCACUUGGGUAGCAGAAUGGGAUCUACUGAAAAUACUUUACAUUCGCAGUUCUUCAGAACUGCACAGCCUUACAAAUGCAAGGAAAGACCCACUGCUUUCCAUAAGUCUAAGAAGAAGUCAAAAGAGUUUAUAAACUUCGCAGAAGACUAUGAAUCAUCUGGCUUUAUUUACCCCUAUAAUGACCUCUUGGUUUGGGCAGUAUUAAUGAAAAGGCAGAAGAUGGCAAUGUUCUUCUGGCAGCAUGGAGAGGAAGCCAUGGUCAAGGCAGUUGUGGCUUGCAAACUCUACCGGGCAAUGGCACACGAAGCUAAACAGAGCAACAUGGUGGAUGACACUUCAGAGGAGCUUAAGAAGUACUCGAAGGAAUUUGGGCAGCUUGCCUUAGAUGUGCUGGAGAAAGCAUUCAAACAAAAUGAGCAGAUGGCCAUGAAGCUGCUGACCUACGAACUGAAAAACUGGAGCAACUCGACUUGCUUAAAGCUGGCAGUGUCUGUGGGACUGCGGCCUUUUGUAUCUCAUACCUGCACACAGAUGCUGCUGACUGAUAUGUGGAUGGGACGCCUGAAGAUGCGGAAGAACUCCUGGUUUAAGGUCAUUAUAAGUAUUCUUCUGCCUCCCACCAUCUUGAUGCUAGAGUUUAAAAGCAAAGCAGAAAUGUCUCAUGUGCCUCAGUCUCAAGACUUUCACCAGUUCACAUGGUACCAUGAAGAUGAGAGACCACCCAACACUAAAGAUGCCUUGUCUCUGAAGGAUUAUGAUGUGGAGAAGGCACCUCAGAAACCCGAAGAAAGCCAAGUGGACAGUGGACAAGGAAACCUUCCUGGAACUAGAAAAAUCUAUGAAUUCUACAAUGCACCAAUUGUCAAGUUCUGGUUUCACACGAUGGCGUACAUGGUUUUUCUCAUGCUCUUCACAUAUACUGUGUUAGUGAAGAUGGAACCAAGACCCAGUGUGCAAGAGUGGCUUGUUAUUGUUUAUAUUUUCAGCACUGCCAUCGAAAAAGUUAGGGAGGUAUUUAUCUCAGAGCCUGGAAAAUUCAGUCAAAAAGUGAAGGUGUGGAUUUACGAAUACUGGAACUUUACUGAUUCUGUAGCUAUCAUUCUGUUUAUGAUCGGUUUUGGCUUGCGCUGGUUCAACCCACCUGUUCAAACAGCAGGACGGCUACUUUACUGCUUGGAUAUAAUAUUUUGGUAUGCACGACUCCUUGAUCUUUUUGCUGUGAAUCAGCAUGCUGGCCCAUACCUGACAAUGAUUGGGAAAAUGACAGCAAACAUGUUCUAUAUUGUUAUCAUGAUGGCCAUAGUGCUGUUGAGUUUUGGAGUGUCACGAAAGGCAAUCCUUUCACCAGAGGAGCCUCCUUCUUGGACUCUGGCACGAGACAUUGUGUUUCAACCCUACUGGAUGAUAUUUGGUGAAGUCUAUGCUGGAGAAAUAGAUGUCUGUGAAUCCAACCAAGACUGUCCUCCUGGCUCCUUCCUUACGCCGUUCCUCCAAGCCGUGUAUCUCUUUGUGCAGUAUAUCAUCAUGGUCAACUUGCUCAUUGCUUUCUUUAAUAAUGUUUAUUUUGACUUGAAAUCCAUAUCGAACAAGCUCUGGAAGUACAAUCGUUAUCGCUACAUUAUGACCUACCAUGAGAAGCCAUGGCUGCCUCCACCUUUCAUCCUUCUGAGCCAUGUUGGACUCCUCAUCAAUCGCAUUUUCCACCAUCAGCCCCCAAACGAGUUGGAUCAAGAGGAAGGUGAUGUUGGACUAAAGCUGUACCUGAGUGAUGAGGAGUUAAAGAAGCUCCAUGACUUUGAGGAGCAGUGCGUGGAAAAAUAUUUUCAUGAGAAGAAUGAGAGCUUGAGUUCCAGUGAUAGCGAAAGGAUCCGUGUGACGACAGAAAGGGUAGAGGAGAUGCUUUUGCAGCUGAAAGAAGUACAUGAGAAGGUAUUUUAUAUCAAGGAAUCUUUAAUUUCUCUGGACAGUCAGCUAGGACAUUUGCAAGACCUGUCCGCCUUGACUGUGGACAUCCUGAAAGUGAUUUCAGCUGUAGACACCAUACAGGUGGAAGAAGCCUUGCUGGCUGACAAAAAACAUCAUGCCUGUAGGAAACUCCCCCACAGCUGGAGCAACGUGCUCUAUUCCAAGACUCUGAGCAGUCUGGAGGGUCUGCAUGAUAAGAAGUACAACUACUACAGCAUGCCACCAUCCCUCUUGCGGAGCUUGGUGAGGAGUCAGUGGUCAUCAGAGUGCCGAGGUCAUGUUUUGAGGACUGAGGAUAGGAAAGUGAUAGGAGACAGCUCUCGAAAGGUAGAAAUAGAAAGUGACACACUCACUUCGGGGGUAUCUUCUGAGACUAAGUCGACUCCUAGAUAUGGACAAUUUUUGCUGGUUCCACCUGACCAUCAAGGAGGGUCUUUCUCUGAGGAUGUCACCUUAAAUUUUUCUUUUGCAAGCUCUCCUGACAAAUACAGGGAAGGCACAUUAGGGGACAAGCUGCAACGCAGCAUGGAAGCACAGCAAAAUUUGCAGAGGGUCUGCCUCAUUGGAAAAGAGCCAGAAGAUUAUCGAUGGAAUCAGAGAGACUUUGUUAUUCAUUUGCCAAGAGAAAAUACUGGUGGUGUAGCAACUGAUCAUCCUAUAGGUCUCCAGCCAUUACCAGCUCUCUGUGAGAAUGCGACAACCUCCUGUGAUGACAGAGAAGAAACUGAAGGUGGUUAUGUGAACUGGGGAUUCUCUGAAGGUGAUGAAAAGGGGGUUUUCAGCCCAAGGAGGGAAGAAGAGAAACCACUGUGCAUACAUGCCACCUAUAAUAGUGACUGCAAUUGCAUAGGUAGUCCUCUCAGGCACGUCCAGAUAAAAGAAUCACAGUCCUUCUCCUAUAACUCCAACAAGUCAAGACACAUCAGUGAUGUCUCUGAGAAAAAGCUGAAACGCAGCACCUCCAUCUGGAUCAGCCCACUUUGGAGGGACUGGAGCUUCCGCAGGAGCAAAAGCUUGCAGUCCUGUAAGGAAGAGAAAAGAGAGAAAACCUGCAAGGCCAUAGGUGACUCCUCAUUAUCUAGUGAGCUACAACACAGUGGGGUAACAAAAGCAAAACAACGAAACAGAGAAAGAAAGUCUCCAAGGGAAAAGAAGAAGCAAAAACUCCUUCAAGUGCCGGUGAUUACAGUGGAUGAUUGUCCUCAGAGCACCCAAGUGAGUUCAGAGCCUGCAGAGACCAAUGUCUGGAGUGAAGAGAAACACAGCAAGAACUGGCUCACUGUGUCUAAUUUCAACCAGCUAAGUUUGGAACGUCUUAAUUACAUGCACCAAAAAAUGAAAAAUCAAGAAGUUAAUAGGCAUACUAUACCAGUGUGUGAUUACCUGAGGCAUUCUCGAGAGAAUUUAAGUAAUAGCAUGUUUGGAAACACUCAGAAAAAUACUCUGAACAGGAACUCCUCGUUGAGAAGUUCAGAGGGAACUGACAAUAUCUUUGCCUGCUUGAAAUCAUCUCAAGAUCUGCACCAUCAUUAUUCAGCUGUUGAGAGAAAUAACUUAAUGAGGCUUGCUCACACCAUACCAUUUACACCAAUCCAGCUCUUUGCUGGAGAAGAAGUGACAGUCUAUCGGCUAGAAGAGAGUUCACCUAUGAACCUCGACAAAAGCAUGUCUUCCUGGUCCCAGCAUGGUAUGGCUGCAAUGAUCCAAGUCCUGUCGCGAGAGGAGAUGGAUGGUGGUCUGCGGAGAGCCAUGAAGGUCAUUUGUACUUGGUCUGAGAAUGAUGUAUUAAAGUUGGGACAAGUCUUUAUUGUGAAGUCUUUUCUGCCAGAGGUGGUUCAGACCUGGCAAAAGAUCUUUCAUGAUGGCACAGUGCUACAUCUCUGCCUGAGGGAGAUACAACAGCAAAGGGCUGCCCAGAAGUUAAUCUAUACCUUCAAUCAAGUGAAGCCUCAUACAAUUCCAUAUACUCCAAGGUUCCUGGAAGUUUUCCUCAUCUACUGCCACUCAGCCAACCAGUGGCUGACCAUUGAGAAGUACAUGACUGGUGAGUUUCGGAAAUACAACAACAACAACGGAGAUGAGAUCACUCCCAGCAGCUUGCUGGAAGAAGUGAUGCUGGCCUUCUCCCAUUGGACCUAUGUGUAUACUCGUGGGGAACUCCUUGUCCUGGAUUUGCAAGGUGUUGGAGAAAACCUCACUGAUCCAUCUGUGAUAAAACCUGAAGACAAGAAAUCUGGAAAAAUGGUAUUUGGACCAGCAAACCUAGGAGAAGAUGCAAUAAGAAACUUCAUUGCAAAACAUCAUUGUAACUCUUGCUGCAGGAAGCUGAAACUUCCUGAUUUGAGAAGAAAUGACUACAUACUGGAAAGGCUUGGUCCAGCCUUUGAAGGAGAAGCAGAGAAAGGAGGCGCUGAUGGCAAGGACGAGCCCUUGGAAUACGACACGCGGUUGUGA